GGAUGCAGCUCAAUACUAUCUAGACCUGGUCAUACCUACGCUCGUUAAAUACAAAGAUGAUCAUAUCGAUUUUCCCCGACCAGAGAGAUAUAAGUGUCUCGAACUUUUCGACUUAUAUAAAGAGGACCAACAACGUUUCUCAGCAGAGAAACAUCUUCUUGAAAGUUGUCGUCCGGCUCCAGAAAAUAUCGUUCGUCAUUUCGAGAAUUGUCGAGAUCUGUACCAAAGCAUACAAAUCCUUGGUGCAAAAUUUUCAGCGCUGAAAUUACCAGGCCCUCCUCAUGGUUCAGCGUCGCAAUUCACUACGAAAGAUGUUCCUUCCACGUCUUCACGAAAUCAGAGUCGCAGGCCUUCCUCCGUGGCGGGUAGCACGUCUACG